GCUGUCCCCUUUUCUUUUCUUUUUUCUUUCCUGGAAGGCCACAUCAUUAUUAGCUGGUUGUUGUACUUGGGCAAUAUCUUAAUUUGAAGUCAAUGAAGGUUGUUAUCACAAAUUUAUGGUAGUGCAAACUAAGUUAAGCAGGUCUCUCUCUCUCGUGUGUGUGGCAGCUAAUUAAUAAAUUAAGAAUCAAAAGUCUCAUCUUCAUUACUAUAUCAAGAUGUGAUCAACACUUUAGAUCUUGAUUUCUUUCUCCCUUGUAUAUCACAAACUGAGCAGUUGAAGAAUGGACAAUACAAUGGAAUUGCGCUCCAACAUCAUGGCUCUGCCUUGUGAAGUCUUGGUGGAUAUAUUCACUAGGCUUUCACUCAAACAUGUUCACCAACUUCAAAUUGUUUCAAAGUUAUGGCACAGAACCAUCUCUAGUCCACAUUUCAGAAGACUUUACAACAUGAAAUCCAUGAAUCGUCCUCGAUCACGUCUAGUCAAAGUAUCUAACUUUAAAUAUUCAGACAGCUGGGAAAUGAUUAGUCGAACCAUCACUAUUUCGACUAUGGACCUCGCUGUUGACAACAACGAGAUCCAGGAAGAGUUCAGUUUUGAGGAUAUUAUCGCCCCUGAACACUCCUUUAUCACAUCGUCCAAUCUCAUCAUUUUCAAUCACAAGGUAUGUAAUCCCACAACUAAAGAAAUCAUAGACAUACCAAUUUCAAGUUAUCCAUCAGUUAGUUUCGAUGUCGCGUAUGUCCCAUCCAACAAUACAUACAAGAUUGUCCAUUUAUAUGGUACCAAAAUUGGUCCUGAUUACAACUUUAACUAUGGAGGUAGCCCUGUAGAAUUCCGAUUUGAGACUCUUACACUAAGAGAUGGCGGUCCAAUUCCUAAUUCUUGGAGAGCCCUGACACACCAAGAAUGGUUUUCUUACAAGGCAGAUUCAACAUGUGUAAAUGGUGUAAUUCAUUGGUUGGUAGGAAUAGGAGGUAUGAUGGAAAAGCGCGUUAUUUCAAUGGAAAUUGAAAGUGAGGAAUUCUUGAGUUCCAUUGGUUGCCCCAACAAUCCAUAUAUAGGGGAGAUCUCAAUCUUUGAGAAUAUCCAUUUAGCUGAUUUGAAUGGAAAAUUAUGUUUAAGUUACUACUCAGAAGAAUCGUCAAGGAUGGAUCUAUACUUUGUCAAGGAUUGGACAAAUGAAGAAUGGGUAAAGGAACACACUAUCAAUUUAUCAGGUGGGGGGGUUUGGUGCAAAAUAAUGGGGUAUGUACAAGUACAAGGUAACAAUGGAGAGAUUAUUAUUGAUAGUAAACUCUACAACAUUAAAGAAAAUAGGUUUAGAACGCUGCCAAGGCCUAAAAUGACGAUGCAUAGUGGCUUGUAUUUUGAUAGAUGUUUUAAGUUAGAAAGCACAAAACCAUCUGUGCAACCUAGUGUAGAUUUGCUGUCUAAUUAAUAGAUCUUUGCAGUUGUUCAAAUUUUCUCAAUCAAUUAUUUCCUGAUCUUUGUAUUAAUGAAAUUGUACUAUAAAUGAAUUU